UCCAUCUCCAAGAGUCUGCCGCGCCGAAUUCCAAAGGGUCUUUUUCUCUGCUUCCACAUAUUCCACUCAGGACGACUGCUGUCUUCUCCUGCAACCCUCCAGCCUAGCAGCAACACGCACCAUUGGUACCCCGACCCUAACUGGGGUGAUAUGCGCAUUAUUUUUCUCUCUAAGGCUGAAUCGGCUGUCACUCAAAGACCUCGUACACCCGGAAGUGAACCCACCAAAAGGAUUCUGGGAAAGGCUGCAGAAAUGCAAGCCAAUAUCUCUGCGGCUGACCUGGAAGGUUUCCUUAUAGACAAGGUUCCUUGUGCUGCUUAUUAUAUCCCUGACUAUAUUACUGCUGCGGAAGAGGAGUACUUGCUGCGUCAGGUCUACAAUGCUCCAAAACCAAAAUGGACUCAGCUGUCUGGGAGGAAGUUGCAGAACUGGGGAGGUCUCCCUCACCCCCGGGGAAUGGUGCCUGAAAAGCUUCCUAUCUGGCUCCAGACAUAUACAGAGAAGAUUUCCUCUCUGGAAGUGUUUGGAGGGAAUCAUGCAAACCAUGUGCUGGUGAAUGAAUACAAUCCUGGAGAGGGUAUAAUGCCGCAUGAGGAUGGGCCCCUGUACUAUCCUACUGUCACCACCAUCAGCUUGGGGUCACAUACUCUUCUAGAUUUCUAUGUUCCUAUCAACAGUUCAGAAGAGGAAGAACAGGUCCCUAUGACAGAAGAACAGCGGCAUGUUCACUCCCUCUUGCUGGAGCCACGGAGUCUUUUUAUCUUACGUGAGGACCUGUAUAAAAGUUACCUGCAUGGAAUUCGCCCAUUGACUGAGGACAUACUAGACCACAAAGUGGCCAAUCUUGAUCAAUGUACAGCACAAGCAGAGGAGACAUUGACUCGGGGGACACGAAUCUCACUGACCAUCAGAUAUGUCCCCAAAGUGCUGAAAACAUCCCUUUUUCUAGGGAAGAGAAACGGGCCUCCUGGCGUUCUGCAAACGGGGACACAAGAAUUUUGCAGACAGAACAAAAGCGCCAAAUUAGUGGCUUGGCCGGAAGACAAGAAGCAUACAGCCAUCCCGUACUGUACCCUGCGCUGGGGGCCCCCUUUUUUUCCCCCGGAGCUGUAAGUAGAUAUAAGAAUGUCACAUUCUGCUAU